UGAUCCGGCAAUGAAACAGUUCCUUCUUCACUUAGAUGAGACGUUAGCUCUUGGAAGGAAGUUUAUACUGCAAGAUCUUGACGAGACACACCUGUUCAUAUCAGCAGAUAUUGUAGACACAUUGCAAGCACGUGUCGACGAUUUGAUGGAUCAGCUUAGCAUACCAGUGCACGACAAAGGAUUGUAAAGGAACAUUGUAACCGCAUUCAAUAAUCAAAAUGACGUCAAGAGAAUCAGGAAGAGUUAAAGACGCGGACAGGCGGAAAGUCCUAGAUGAUGCGGCGAGAAAACGUCGCGCUAGGAAAGCGGUGGAAGCUUUAGAACAAGACAAUUUCCAUGAGGACCCGCACGCCGACCUAGUUAUGUCGAAGAAGGUGCCGAAAUUCGCUGAUUCUAAUGAGAAACCAACAAGGAAAAAGAAAUCAAAAAGUGCAGAAUACUACAAAUUGCGAUUUCGGAAGACGUUUGCGCAGUUGGUAGAGGAAGAUGUUAACUUCAGACCAGAUCCACCAAACUACCUCUCGGCUCAAGCGCCACCUUCUAAGUUUCCCGAUCGACAUUUUUGCGCUGUGUGCGGAUUCCCAUCGAAUUACACUUGCAUACCUUGUGGAGCCCGAUACUGCUGCGUCAGAUGCCUUGGUACACACUUAGAUACGCGAUGUCUCAAAUGGACAGCUUAAUUAAAUAGUUUAAGCCUUAUAUCUGUAAUUACGAAUAAAGGAAUAUUUUUUUAACCCGCA